UCUUGACUACCGAUCUAACGUAAUUCAACGCAGCCUAUCCCAGGAUUACUGACAUGUCGUAGGAGCAGCGAGAGGAAUCAACACCUUCUUUGGGGGGGCCUGAAAAUAAAGAAAGAGGUUGGAAUGGAAUAAGCACGGAGCAAUUAAUACCUGGAAGUUAUAAAAUCUUUCGAACAUCGCUGAGUUUGUUAUAAAUAAAAAGGAUGUCGACACGAUGGUAUCCGUUAUAUCAAAGAGGCAAUCCACAACUACGUGUAUUUUUACCAAAUUUCUGGAUGAAGUUAGUAAAGCCAGACAUAAAGCAACCUCCUAACAUUGUACAGUUUCACUGUUCAAUGAAAAUGACCAAGUAUGAUAUACGGAAUUAUUUGGAAAAGAUCUAUAAAAUUCCUGUGGUAGAGGUAAGGACGAGGAUUGCACCUGGUAAAACGGAACAGGGGAUUAAGACUCCAUAUGUAAUAAAAUAUGACGACUACAAAGUAGCUUAUGUAGUUUUGCCUCAAAGUGAGUCCUUCACAUUUCCGGACUUAUUUAUUGAAACGGAGAAACCAAUGGAGAGUGAGAAGAAAAUGCUUGAAGAAGCAAAGAAAGAGCACAAAGCAAAAUGCAAGAAGGAAACUGAGACCGGUAUACCUAAUUGGUACAGUUUUUAAGUUAUUAGAACUUUAGUAAAUCUACACAAGAAUUAAUUGUAAAUGAGAAAAUAAACAUGUAUUAUUCACAA